CUUCUUACCCCUCACUCUCGAAGUAGUCAGAUAAUUAGAUUCCUCUUAAUAGAGGACCUUUGCUUUCUUCUCCAAAUCUCAUCCAUAGAAACAAAAGAAGCAAAGCUGCUUCUAAAAGGUUGACUCGGGGUUGCAGGAGGAGGCUGUCUGACGAAGCAAGCGAGGCCAAGAAUAGAGGCAUGAAUAGAGGAUUGUUUCAGAACUCUGUGGUGCAACAGAUGAUGGGAGGAAGCUCUGGCUGUAGGAGCUUGAACAGCAUAAGGCCACCUCCUGACCAGACCUUCCCUCUCCUGCCCUCCUCUUCCUCCUCUUCAUCUCCUUCGGUCUACGCUCAGUUCCCUCAACCCUCCGCUAUGCUUCCAAUCACCCCUUUGCCCGACAGCCAAGAGCUACCAGAAUCAUGGAGUCAGCUAUUGCUGGGAGGAUGUUGGGGGGAAGAGGAGAAGUAUGGGUUGACGCCUCUCCAGACUAGAAAGAUAGAGACCUGGGAAGACCAGUUACUGUACCCAUCAGCAGCUGCUCAUGUUGCUGAUGUGAAGCGAGAGUACUCCGGAAGCGGUUACCUCCAUGGCCAUGGGAACGAAGAAGAGGCCAAAGCAUCUAAAGCUCCAUGGAGCCAAAUUAUGCCAGCUUCCUCUCCUAGAUCUUGCAUCACCACUAGUUUCAGCAGGAACAUGCUGGACUUCUCGAACAAGCAGCCAGGAAGAAUGCAUCAUCAGCCGGACAACUCAUCUGUGUGCAACAGCACAGCAGCUGGUGCAGCUCUCAAGAAGGCCAGGGUUCAGGGAGCCUCUUCAGCUCAUUCUGCUUUCAAGGUGAGGAAGGAGAAGUUAGGGGACAGAAUAACUGCACUUCAUCAGAUAGUUUCUCCUUUCGGGAAGACUGACACUGCCUCCGUCUUGCUAGAAGCCAUUGGCUACAUCAGAUUCCUCCAGAGUCAAGUCGAGGCUCUGAGCUCCCCGUACUUGAGCAGUGCAUCAGCCAACACGAAGCAGCAGCCUCAGCUGCUCAAUUCAAGUGGCAGCAAGAAGAGAGGACCACCUGACCAGCAUCAGGAAGGCAAUGAUGAGGUGAAGAAGGACCUGCGGAGUAGAGGACUUUGCCUUGUUCCAGUCUCCUUCUUCCUGCAUGUGGGAACCGAUACCGGCGCAGAUUUCUGGCCUCCAGCUCUCCAUGGGGCCUUCUGAUGCCCACCAUGAGUUCUCAGCAUGCUUAGGGUUCUACAGUUGAUGUGCAUAUCAUCAUUAGCAGUCACUCUGCUAAACACCACUGAAGGCUGAUUGCUCAUGAUAGUAUGCAUCACAGAUACAGGAACACCAAGUGUGCUAAGGACCACGAAAAAGCUUGUAAUAAUAAGAGACAAGAAUGCUUCUUGGGGAAGUCCCAUCUCACUCUAGUGGUGAUCAUUAGCUUCUGUUCCAUACACUGCAAAGAUGUGGCUGGAUAUUAGGGUUUAGAUGGUCUUGAGUUAACUAGUACACUGAUGAGUAAGGUACUCUUGUGCCAAAUCAUAUAUAUCUGGUUGAUGUAAUCUUCACUGAGGAAGCUUGAUGUAGGCAUCAAACCAUUUUCUUCUAACAAGGGGAAGAGAGAGAAUGAGGUAUCAUUUCCAAUCUGAAGUCAUGUGCAAUGUUAAGAUAGCAUCUGGAUGCCAUGUAGACCCUGCUGGUCCAUCUUCAGAAUAAGGGGGGGAGUUUUCAGGAUGAGCAAGAACAUCAUUAGCCUUGAAACAUUUCAUUCCCAUGACAUUGGUAAAAGGAAGUGAAGAGUCAAUGCUUGAGCUGUCAUCAGAGUCUAAUGAUUCUUCCAAGUAGGAUUUACCAUGCACUGAUCCAGUCAACUCGGAUUUGACCAGCUUUGCCAAUCUUUUAUAUACAAUGUUAUGCCUCCCAACACAUUAACAAAAAUUUGAUCAUCCUCAGUCCCUGUAUUCUGCAUUUUUAAUGAUAAAUAACUUUUAUUUUAAGAGUUA